AUGACUGAUCUAUAAACAAUUUAGAUUAACACUGCCAAUAAUCAAAAUGAAGUUGACAGUCUCUAGAAUAAGAACCCAAGAGACUCUGUAAAUUUCGAACCAAAGAUAAAUCCCGUCCACAAUUUAAAUGCAAAUGCAAACGGAAACGGUGCUCAAUCAUCAAAAGCAAUUGAAAUCUCCAAUCCAAUUGAAUUGACUUGGAAGAAUCUCAAUAUCGAUGCCUUCGUCAAGAAGCAAGUCAAAACAGAAACUGGCAAGAAAAAAACUGUCACCGAAAGAAGAUAAAUUCUUAAAAACUUGAGCGGUACCUUAAAGCCAGGUCAAUUCACUGCUAUCUUAGGUCCUUCUGGUUGCGGUAAAACCACUUUGUUGAACUUCUUAUCAGGUAGACUUGUUGCCAACAAUAUGGAAAUCAGUGGUAGUCUAAUGUUAAACAGCUAAGAAAUUACUGAUAUCGAUGAUUACUCCAACUAAAUUGCUUAUGUCAUGCAAGAUGAUAUUCUUCUCGCCACCUUCACUCCUACUGAGGCCUUCAAGUUCAGUGCUGAUUUGAGAUUAAAGAACUUAUCUGAAUAACAAAAGAUGGAAAGAGUCAUGAAACUUAUCAAAGAAUUAGGUUUAACCAAGUGCAAGGACACCAAGAUUGGUAACGCUAUGAUUAGAGGUGUUUCCGGUGGUGAAAGAAAGAGAACUUCAAUUGGUGUUGAAUUGCUCACCAAUCCUGCUAUGCUUUUCUUAGAUGAACCCACCACUGGUUUGGAUAGUUCUACUGCUUUACAAGUCGUUGAACUCUUACAAAGCUUGAGUCACAAGGGUGUCAAUGUCGUCUCAACCAUCCAUCAACCUUCCUCUGAAAUCUUCGAUUCCUUCGAAAGAUUAAUUCUUAUUUGCAGAGGUAACAUCAUCUAUCAAGGUGAAGCCCACAAGGCCGUUGACUACUUCACUGCUAUUGGUCACAAGUGUCCCGACUUCUCCAAUCCCUCUGAUUACUUCAUGAAACUCAUGAACGAAGAAGGUCUCUUAAUCGAAUUGAUGCAAAAGGGUCAACUCGAAAUCAAGGAUGAAGAAGUCAACGCCCAAUUCGAAUAACGUCUCGAAUUGUUCGUCAACAGCUACAAGGGAUCCGACUAAGUUAAAAUCUUAGAACCCACCUUCAAUCAAUCUCUCUAAAAGAAUGACGACAGUUUCAAUGUCAGCAUUGCCAAAUAAUUCCUCUUACUUCUUAAGCGUUCUUUCAUCUCCCAAAUCCGUAACCCUAUGGAUGUGUUGAUGAAAUCAGUUUAAAUGAUCAUCUUCGCUAUUGCCACAGUUAUUGUCUUCUAACCCCUCGGUGAAGGUCAAUCAGGUAUCUAAAAUAGAUCUGGUGCCCUUUUCUUCUUAGCCACUAUGAAUGCCUUCUCCUCAAUUCAAGGUUCCAUUGCUACCUUCUCAGUUGAAAGACCUCUUUUCCUUAGAGAAAGACUUAAUAAAUCAUACAGUGUCGGUCCUUACUUCUGGGGUAAAAAUCUUGCUGAAUUCCCCUUCCAUCUCCUCUAUCCUAUCCUUACCAUCGUUAUUACUUACUACUCCAUUGGUCUUAAUGAUGAAUCCGCUAAAUACUUCUUCAUUCUCUGCGCUGCUAUGAUCUGCACAUUCUUCUAUGGUACUUCAUAUGGUCUUUUGAUUUCAGUUAUUAUCCCCAAGAUGGAAGUCGCUAUGGCUCUCGUUCCCGUCCUCGUUAUUCCCUUCAUGGUUCUCGGUGGUUUCUUCGUUAACACAAAUAAUAUUCCCGAUUACCUCAAGUGGAUUGAAUACGUUUCUAUGUUCAAAUACGGUUUCUAAGCUGCUGCCCUCAAUGAAUUCGACACCGUUAACUUCACCUGUUAUGACUAAACCAAAAACGAACCUUGCGAUCCCCUUGCCCAAUUAGGUAUCAAGGAAUCUAUGGGUGCUAACUUCGGUGCUUUGAUUGCUUUGGGUGUUGGUUGCAGAGUUAUUGCCUACUUCAUGAUGCACUUAAUCUCUACCCCCAAGAGACCCAAACUCAACGAAAAGAAGCAAAUCAAGGCUUGA